CCUAUCGGGAACGAUAAAACGACCACCUGGUCUCCGCCGGUGACAGAUACGAUACGGAAAAUUAACACGCAGAAAGGGAAACACAGGGAACGCGGAAGAAACGGACAAGACAGAAGUUUCGCCAUACAGCACACAGGCUUCGAAGGGAUGGCAGGCCCGUAUCUCUCACCCCUAGGCCCUCAGGCUGACCUGCUCACCGAAUACAUGUUCGGAAGACGUCGUCAGGUCAGUAGACGCAAUCGGACAACUUUUACGCCGCAACAGCUGCAAGAACUGGAAUCCCUCUUCCAGAAGACACACUAUCCAGACGUUUUCCUAAGGGAAGAAGUCGCCCUCAGAAUUUCACUCUCAGAAGCCCGGGUUCAGGUUUGGUUUCAAAAUCGGCGAGCAAAAUGGCGGAAGCAGGCCCGCCUGCAGUUGCUUCAGGACGCAUGGAGAAUGCGAUGUUUGGGAUUAGGGAGCGCAGCGCCGUUGCUCCUAAGGCCGCCCCCAACCGCAUCCUUGGAGCGUCCAGACGCAGCGACGCCGCCACCACCACCGCCCCCACCACCGCCAUCCACCGCCGCCGCCGCUGGCAACCCACCGCCCCUGACAUCGGCCAACACUGACAAAAUACCCGCUACCCCACCUCUGUCCGUUUGCAGGGAUUACAGGAUCCUCCCGCCCCCGCAUGGAUAUUCACUAUCCUGCGAGAAGUCGCCGGACAGAUUGAAAUGCGGUUGCGGCUCACCGCCGAGGAUAUGUGCCAGCCCAGUGGAAAGAGACGCGAAUUUAACCGUCAGAGACAGGCCUCAGGAGGCCGAGAUGGAUUUGACCGUGAAAGGUCCGCCCCGGCACACACCGAUCUCAACAUUAUUUCACCAAUUGCCUCAACAAGAACUUAGUCCUCCGCAAAAUGUCGACGAACCUCUAGACGUUACACUCAAUACCAACAAAAAUAAUUAAAGCGCUAAUAAUACUACUUCUGAUCGGUUCUUCAUUACUAAAUUCCUUUAAUGUUAUUUAUUUAUUUUCACAUUCAGGAAGAUUAACCCCUUGCCCUAUGAUUUAUUUCUUAUGAACCAUGAUCGAUACAACUGUCACGGAUAGUUUGUUAGGAAGACAAAAUCCUGAAGCUUAUUCUAUGUUUACACCGAUUGUUAACGAUUGGUAAUAGAGAAAUGAUAUUUAAUUUAUAUUUUUCUAAGAUAACACUUGGGUUUCCCAAAUUCAGUUUGAAAUUCUCGUCACGAGUCUGACACGAUAUUGUAGGUCAAGGGGUUAAGUGCGAGAGACACCAUUAUACGAAAUAGAGAAAGCAUUGUUCAACGUGUGUACCACAUAAGCAUACAAAUAAAACUUUCAUUAGAAAUCGAAGAAUGUAGUUGAUAGAUUGUUGCACGUAACGUGGCGAGCUAUUUCGUGCCGCUUUAUUUUCUAUUGUAUCCGAAAACUCGAUCUCCCGAGUUCAAGCGUUGAAUGUGUUCAGAACGUUCUCACGAGAGCCUCGACUAUUCAAAACGGUUUGCCUAAAUGUAAAGCACAUUUUCUUUUUAACGAUGUUUUCGACCGUUCUCUCCUCAAGAAGUAGUUCCACCUGAUAGUUUAACUUAAAAUAAUUAUGUAAGUACACAUCGGGAAGUUAGUGAAAUUUUAUCUUUGUGUAUUGCGUACCUUUGAUUGAUUUCAAGUCACAUGCAAUAAAUUUUAUUGACAAAUAUACGAUUGUCGUUUGAACUGUAGGAUCUGAGCUAAUAGUUUAAUUUUAUGCACCUAAUGAUUUGGAAUGUUUUUUUAU